AGCAGUUUUCAGAUAACAGAAUUUUACUAAUUUUAGUACACUGGAAUUUACUUCUGGCUUAUAUCAUCUGACUGCAGCAGCUGUCAUACGGGAAGGCUGAGAGCUGCCAGACCAGAUAGGUUGGGAUAAAAGGCGAAAUCAGUACUGCUGUGUGACAUAACUGGUGGGUGCAAGGGAUGCCAUUGCUAUGGGGCCCAGAGAAUUAGGGGGGCCUGGACCCAGGCUAUAAAGUUGCAUACCUAUUUCCAAGAUUUGCCUGCUAAGCGAUUGGGUCUGAUCCAUUGCUCAGCCUGAGCUGUGUGACGUUACAUUGUCAGUGAGGGGAGUGUGUAAUGGGUGUUAUAAUGGUAAGAGGGCGCUGUACUGGGGCACCGUAUGAACUGGAUGGCACUGUAAUGUGGCAUAAUGUGAUCUGCUCAUUGUACUGUGGAGGGCACUAUAGUGUUACAUAAUAAGAACUGGGGCACUGUAGUGUGGCUCAAUAUGGAAUGGAGGCACUAUAGUGUGGAAUAAUAUGAACUAGGGCACUGUAACAUGGCAUCAUUUGAACAGGAGGGCACUGUAAUGUGACACAGUAUAAACGGGGGGCGCUGUAAUGUGGCAUAAUAUUAACUGGGGACACUGUAUGUCAUAAUGUGAAUUGGGGGUACUGUGUGACAUAAUAUGUACUGGCAGCCCUACACUGUGAUAUCAUGAAGAGCGAGUGCAAAUAGCGCAAGCGGGCGUAAACUUCAAGGCGGUUAGGACUGCAUGGGCUUUGCACAAUUUUGUAGGUUAACUAACAGUUAAUAGGCUUGGGGGUUGGUCCUAAUUAGGAUAGUGGGAGUGUUGGGAGGAGCUAGCAGACAUUUUGAGUUAGACGGGAUCUGCAUUCUGCCUCUUUCUCCCAGGAGUUUCCCACCUUCCCUCCCUGAGUCACGUUUUUUCCCCACCCGUUUUUCUUUUUCUUUGUCAGUUGGGUUUUGUCAACCAAUAUCUGUGGCGGGAAAGAACGGCAGUUACAGUGGCUAUUGCGCCGCUGUUUGGAGGUGCGCUCUUUGCCCAGUACAUUGUAUACUCUGUAUACCGGGGGGUCAUUGGGCUUGGCUGUCUGGUGUAUUGGGGAGAGAGUUGGAGGCUCAGCAUUUAUUGGCGUAGCCAAUGAGAUAAAUAAUGUCAUGUCAUGGACAUGCGUAGCGCCAAUAAGUCGUAAUGUCACUGUUGAUCUGGUUGUUUUUUCUAGUUGCCACCAUACUUAGUUUAAAUAUAUUAUAAUCAGUGGUCGAAGUGGGGCAGUAUACGGUUGUAUGGUAUACCGCCACUUCUUUCACUGAUUCGGGAAUGAGAAAAUGAAAGUGCAGCAGGAGGCGAGGAAGUGGCCAUCCUGCUGCACAUGUUACUCCCGUCCCUGCUCGGCGGCCGGCGGCUGUGUGGAGCGCUGUACUAGCUCACAGCUGCUCACCGCCGCCCACUGCACGCCGCUCACCACCGCCAGCCGCCCGCCACCAGCCGCCCACCGCUGCCAGCCACCAGCCGCUCACCCUCAACAAAUGAGUCAGGUUGCCAAGAUCCUGGCGGGAGAGGCUGUGAAAGUGGCUCUAGAAGUUGGAUAUCGUCAUAUCGACUGCGCAUUUCUUUACGGCAAUGAGGUUGAAGUCGGGCGAGCCAUCAAGGAGAAGAUUGCGGAUGGGACAGUGAAGAGAGAGGACGUGUUCUACACUGGGAAGUUGUGGUCGAACUCCCACACCCCGGACCGAGUCCGCCCAGCUCUUGAAAAAUCUCUGAAGGAUCUACAGCUGGAUUAUAUGGAUCUGUUUCUUAUCCACACCCCUCUAGAAGUUAAGCCUGGAGAUGAUCUAUAUCCUGUGGAUGAGAAUGGAAAAUGCAUUUAUCACAACACAGACCUCCGUGAUACCUGGAAGGCUAUGGAAGAGUGUAAGGAUGCCGGGCUGGUUAAAUCCAUCGGAGUUUCCAAUUUCAAUAAACGCCAAGUAGAACUGAUCCUCCAUAAUCCGACACUGAAAUACAAACCGGUCUGUAAUCAGGUAGAAUGUCACAUUUACAUAAACCAGAGUAAAUUGCUGGCGUUCCUCAAGUCACAUGACAUAGCGCUGGUGGCGUACUGCGUGCUGGGGUCCAGCAGGGAUGAGCAAUGGAUUGACCAAAGUGCCCCUGUGCUAUUGGAAGAUCCGGUAUUAGUCGCUGUAGCGGAGAAGCGCGGCCGGACCCCUGCGCAGGUUGCAAUGAGAUACCUGCUGCAGAGGGGGAUUAUGGUUCUGGCAAAGAGCUACACCCCAGCCAGGAUUCGGCAGAACCUACAGGUCUUUGACUUCCAGUUAAGCAAUGAAGAGAUGAAGACAUUGGAGGAUCUGAACAGGAAUAUGCGCUAUACUGACGGAUGGCAGGACCACCCCAAGUACCCAUUUGGUGAUGAAUAUUAAAGGCACGAAGCCAAGGCCUGAAGAGGUGUGACAACUGGUGGACUUUAUCUGUGACAGCUGGCUGCGGAAAUCCCAGUACACUACUCUGAACUCGUACACCUAGUAUAACACAUAGCCACAAACAUUAUAUAGGGUGACCAUAUUAUCCCUUUUACCUGGGACGCUCAUGGACUACACAGGUUCUGUGGCUGGCUGACUUCAAGCCUACAUUUCAGCUGGUUUUAAUCAGCCACAAAACCUGUGUAAUCUAUGAGUGUUCCAGGUAAAAGGGAUAAAAUGGUCACCCUACAUUAUAACUCAUAGGCCCUCAUUCCGAGUUGUUCGCUCGCAAGCUGCUUUUAGCAGCUUUGCACACGCUAAGCCGCCGCCUACUGGGAGUGAAUCUUAGCAUAGUAAAAUUGCGAACGAAAGAUUCGCAAUAUUGCGAAAAGACUUCUCUGUGCAGUUUCUGAGUAGCUCGAGACUUACUCUUCCAGUGCGAUCAGUUCAGUGCUUGUCCUUCCUGGUUUGACGUCACAAACACACCCAGCGUUCGCCCAGACACUCCUCCGUUUCUCCAGCCACUCCCGCGUUUUUCCCAGAAACUGUAGCGUUUUUUCACACACUCCCAUAAAACGGCCAGUUUCCGCCCAGAAACACCCACUUCCUGUCAAUCACAUUACGAUCACCAGAACGAAGAAAAAACCUUGUAAUGCCGUGAGUAAAAUACCUAACUGCAUAGCAAAUUUACUUGGUGCAGUCGCACUGCGGACAUUGCGCAUGCGCAUUAGCGACUAAUCGCUCCGUUGCGAGAAAAAAAUAACGAGCGAACAACUCGGAAUGAGGGCCAUAAUAAACAAUAUAACACAACACAGCUGGUUUUCAGAAGAGUCUGGGGAGCACCUUAUGAGAAAAGGGCUCACAUUGCCAAAACCCCUUAUCUGUUAUAUCAUAUAAGGGUCUAUUCAUGAAGCAGUGAAAAGUGUGGAGAAGUGGGCCAGUGGAGAAGUUGCCCAUGGCAACCAAUCAGCAUUGAGGUAACAUUUAUAAUUUGCAUACUAUACAAUUGUACAGAGCAGCUGAUUGGUUGCCAUGAGCAACUUCUCCACAGGCUCACUUCUCCACUAUUUUCACUGCUUCGUGAAUAGACCUCAUAAUAGACUCAUGCAAGAAAUGUUCAACUGUAUUUUACAUCCAGAUUUGCGGAGAAAACAGGGAAAACGCUGCUUCUGGUGGUGUCUGCUCAGAAAACUGAGUAUAUUGUUUAAUAAAGGGUUUUAUAAAUUA